AGAAGAACUGAAAGCAAGAGCAAGAGACAUCAAUAUAAAGAUUAAUUCCUUCUGAAUCUAUAAGUGUCAUUAAUUAAAUCUAAAAAAAAACUUUGAUUUAUUAUACAGCAGUCUGAUCUGUUUCUUUCUGUAAUGGAGGAGUUCAUGAAAUACCGCUCACCGCUGGUGUCCCGGUACGCCAGCAAAGAGAUGGCCUACAACUUCAGCGACCGGAAAAAAUUCACCACCUGGAGAAGACUGUGGCUUUAUCUCGCUAAGGCUGAAAAGGAAUUGGGUCUUCCCAUAACUGAUGCCCAGGUGAGCGAGAUGGAGACUCACUUGCAAGACAUUGAUUUCGUCAUGGCUGCAGAGAAGGAGAAAAUGUUGAGGCAUGAUGUUAUGGCUCACUUGCAAACGUUCGCUCACUGCUGUCCCACCGCUGCUCCCAUCAUCCACUUGGGCGCCACUGCCUGUUAUGUGGGAGACAAUACGGAUCUGAUAAUGCUGCGCGAUGGAUUUGAUAUCCUGCUACUCAAGUUGGCUCGUGUCAUAGACAGGCUGGCGAACUUUGCAGAAAAAUAUGCUGAUCUUCCAACUUUAGGCUUCACCCAUUAUCAACCAGCUCAGCUGACUACAGUCGGGAAGCGUGCUUGUCUGUGGCUGCAGGAUCUGGUGAUGGACCUGCGUAAUCUUCAGCGUGCAAGAGAGGACCUGCGCUUCCGGGGCGUCAAAGGAACCACGGGCACUCAAGCUAGCUUCCUGCAGCUCUUCCAGGGGGAUCAUGAGAAGGUGGAGGAGUUGGAUAGGAAGGUCACAGAGAUGGCUGAAUUUAAAAAAUCGUACCUAGUGACGGGUCAGACAUACAGUCGUAAGGUGGAUAUCGACUCACUCAGUGUGCUGGCCAGCCUCGGAGCCACUGUACACAAGAUUUGCACUGAUAUCCGUCUGUUGGCUAAUCUGAAAGAAAUUGACGAGCCGUUUGUCAAUGGGCAGAUUGGUUCCAGUGCCAUGCCAUACAAAAGAAACCCCAUGCUUGCGGAGCGCUGCUGUAGUCUCGCUCGUCACCUGAUGGCGCUGGUGUCAGACCCUCUGCAGACAGCAGCAGUGCAGUGGCUGGAGAGAACCCUGGACGACAGCGCUAACAGGAGGAUCUCAUUGCCCGAGUCCUUCCUCACAGCGGACACCAUCCUCAGCACUCUGCAGAACAUCACUGAAGGACUGGUGGUGUAUCCGAAGAUGAUUGAGAGAAAUAUCCAUCGUGAGCUACCCUUCAUGGCUACUGAGUACAUCAUCAUGGCCAUGGUGAAGGCUGGAGGAAACAAAAAUGACUGCCAUGAGAAGAUUCAGAUGCUGUCCCAUCAAGCUGCGGCUGUAGUCAAACAGGAAGGAGGUGAUAAUGACCUGCUUCACCGGAUUAAGGCUGAUCCGUAUUUCUCCCCCAUUCACGGAGAGCUGGACUCCAUACUGGACCUCAGAACCAUAACUGGCCGAGCCCCACAACAGGUUACAAGGUUUUUGUCCGAGGAGGUCAGGCCUGUUCUACGUCCAUACGAAAGUUAUAUCAACAUCAACACCAAAACAUCAGCAUCAGCUGUCUAAAAAACAAUAUUGUUUGACCAGUAGGCUCAAUAUGCCAAACAGUUGUAGAGAUAUAGCCUCACAAGUUAAAAAAAGUAAAAAUUUCUAUUAAAAAUAACAAAAAGCUAAAUCUAAACUAAAUCUUAUGUAUGUCAUGUCAUAUGAUACUGCUUCACUUUCUGUUGCACUGCUCUCUCUUCUCUCUCUCUCUUCUUCUUCCACUUAUCCGGGGCCGGGUCGCGGGGGCAACAGUCUAAGCAGGGACGCCCAGACUUCCCUCUCCCCAGACACUUCCUCCAGUUCUUCCGGG